UAGAAAAACAGUGGUGUCACUACUACUACUACUACUACUAGCUAGCAUUAUUUUGCUUAAUAACCAAGCUUGUGAGAUCAUAAUAUCAUAUCCUUCUUCAUCAAUGGAGUUUGUGACAGAAAAUUCAAGUCCUUUGUUGGGUUCCUUUGUGGAGAGGGUGAACAUGGUUGGUAGCCAUGCCCUCUCUGCCAUUGUUAGGAACAUCUUCUCUGCCAUCUUCACCUUCUGCUUUGCAUUUGUGGGGACUUUGUUGGGGGCUAUGACUGGAGCUUUGAUAGGACAAGAGACAGAGAGUGGAUUCAUUAGAGGAGCUGCCAUUGGAGCCAUUUCAGGAGCUGUUUUUUCCAUUGAAGUUUUUGAAUCUUCUCUUGUUCUUUGGCAAUCUGAUGAAUCUGGAAUUGGCUGCUUCUUAUACUUGCUUGAUGUAAUUGCAAGCCUAUUAAGUGGAAGACUUGUGAGAGAAAGGAUUGGUCCAGCAAUGUUAAGUGCUGUCCAAAGUCAGAUGGGUGCUGUUGAGAUUAACUUUGAUGAUGUUCAAAACAUCUUUGACACUGGUGGUGCAAAAGGCUUAUCAAAAGAUUCAGUUGAAAAGAUCUCAAAGAUCAUAAUUACAAGUGACAACAAUGUUGAUGCUUCUGGUGAAAAGGUUUCUUGCUCAGUUUGCCUUCAGGACUUUCAAAUUGGAGAAACAGUUAGAAGCUUGCCCCAUUGCCAUCACAUGUUUCACCAACCUUGCAUUGACAAGUGGCUCAUAAGGCAUGGAUCUUGCCCUCUAUGUAGAAGGGAUCUGUAAUUUUUGUACAUGUAUGUGGAAAUUAAAAAAAAGUACAAGCAGUCAGAAAAAAAAAAAAAAGGAAGGAUAUAUUUCAUUGUUUAUAUGCGCAUUUAAUUACUUGUAGGAACAUAUAUACUCAGGGUACAUUGUUGUAAAAUUCCCUCCCAAUGCCAUUUAUGAGUGGCACCAAUAUUGUACCAAGUUAGUGAAAAGAAAA